AAACGGAAACAUCGCAAAGAUAAGCUGUGGAGAACAAGAGAACAGCGACGCGUACGUUCCGACACCCUAUUUUAGUGCCCUAGUGUUUCCACGCCUCCCAAAUACACUGAAAAAAAUUUAAGAAAUGCAAUCUAAAUAUUACAAGUAUAUAUCAGUGAAAAAUAUCGGUGCCAAUACGUGUUAAUGAUAUUGCGAUAAAGCGGUACAAGAAAAAAGUAAAGAGUUAAGGGAGGUGGGGGAAAUGUGUGUGCUUGCUGUUAUAGAUAUAAAAACAUUUUUUUAUGUCCCUAUGUGCGUAUGCAGCAUACUUUUUACAUAUUGUAUUUGCAGUGCGUAGUGUGAGCUAAGUGAAUUCAAAUAUUUCAACUGUACUGACCUAUGGUGAUAGGGGCGAACGCUGCAUACUUUUCCAUACAUAUCUUCAUACAUAUAUACAUGUACAUAUGCAUGUAUACUUGGAAAUACAUGCAGUACAUGAUUAUUGCCGCACUUAUACUUAUUCAUUAGAAUCACAAUGGCGUACUACUUUGAAAUCUGCAGCUUUGUUGUUGGAGUUGUUCGAAAGCACCUGAAAUUGUGAAAAUAAAGAUGUCCCUACAAAAGCUAACUGAAAGCACAAAUUCAGGUUAUGUCAGCUCCGAAGAAACGGAUUCACUGCUUAUAUCCAAUACGCCAAAAUGUAAGUCCUCUGUACUACGUCACAUAAAAAUGAGCUCAGUAAAUGGACCAACAUCGAACAUGACUUCCUCAGCAUCUGGCAAACCCGCCUUGAUACGCCAGGACCGCACUUCUACAUAUCUAACGAGUCCGCAGCUUUCACAGCAAACUCGUAUUGGAUCCGAAGAAAGUGUACGCGGAGGUGGCGGAGAUGAUGACAUCGAACAAGGCCUACGGCAGGCAACCGUGCCUGAUAUUGAAGUGCAUGAAGAGGAGCAGACAAACCAACGGUCGACUCAAAAGAAAUUGGAGUCAAAUCAUCUAAAACAGCAGCAAUUACAGUCACAUUCACGAUCACAAUUACAACAACAACACUCUCAACCGACCAUAUCAAUAACGAAUUUGAAUACGUAUCAGACGCCGCAAGAGUUUGCGCAUCCCCAAAGUAAUCCGAAUUUGGGAACAUCAUCAUAUCAGAAUCUCUCCUGUAGCUUAACAUCGGGCGCGCAAAAUCGGUGCCGCGCUUGUCGUAACUGUAGUAGACGAGCGUCAACCACGCCCAUCUCGACAACGGCCAGUAUUGGCAUGGACCGGUCAACAUCGAAAGACAGUGUUAAAAGUGCCUUUCAACAGGGUAACCUGUGUAUAUCCAGCUCUGCGAUGCAACAACACGCACCGCCCUCUGUUCUCGUUACUUCAUCGCCUACAAAUGGGUCUCGCAUAAUCCGGCAAAGCUCUCAGCCAGAGUCCAGUACCACUGCCAUUUGUUGUGGGGCCCACAGCUCUUGUGGCCACUCGCACACAGUUCCCAAUGUUUCACUUAAACUGCUGCGGGACAGUGCUACGGACGGAAUUGCCGGCAUCGCUGCUGAUUCGUUACGCAUUAAUGGUGGCAUGCGUCCAUUUAAGCAGGGUGUUCUUCUAAUGCCCCGAACAUUGUCCGAGAGCCGAAAAUUGCGCCUCAGAAGAGCUUUUACAGAGGCAACUAAUGAAUCACUGCAAUGCUCUAAAAUGCUCCGCAAACCAGCAUCCACUCUUUCAAUUCCUGGCUCGAUGAAAACACCUUCUAUAGCGAAUCGGGAACAGAAUUCAUCCGGAUGCAACGAAGAAGCAGCCGAGGCUCUAGUGGGUAUCCACUCCGAUUACCCCAGGUACAUGGAGGAGCGUGCUCUCACUGGCGGUAAUACAUCGCGGAAGCCUUCUACUAUUUCAGCUAAGCACAAACCAAAUGUCGGAUACAGGCUAGGUAAACGAAAAGCUCUAUUCGAAAAAAGGAAACGCAUCAGUGAUUAUGCUCUGGUAAUGGGCAUGUUCGGCAUAAUAGUUAUGGUGAUUGAGAAUGAAUUAAGCAGUGCUGGUGUUUAUACAAAGGCUUCGUUUUACUCGACAGCGUUAAAAACCUUAAUAUCUGUUUCGACUGUGAUUCUUUUAGGUCUUAUUAUAGCUUACCAUGCUUUGGAAGUGCAGGUGAGAUUGUUCAUGAUAGAUAAUUGUGCAGACGAUUGGCGGAUCGCAAUGACAUGGCAACGAAUUAGUCAGAUAAGUUUAGAACUUUUUAUAUGCGCAAUUCAUCCAAUUCCUGGUGAAUACUAUUUCCAAUGGACGACAAAAUUGGCAAAUAAAAAUAAAACAAUGGGCACCGAAAUGGUGCCGUAUGACGUCGCAUUAUCAUUACCCAUGUUCCUUCGGUUAUAUCUAAUAUGUCGAGUUAUGCUACUUCAUUCAAAAUUAUUUACGGACGCAUCAUCGCGGAGCAUAGGAGCCCUCAACAGAAUUAAUUUUAAUACAAGAUUUGUUUUAAAAACCUUAAUGACAAUAUGUCCUGGAACGGUGCUGCUCGUAUUCAUGGUAUCCUUAUGGAUAAUUGCUUCAUGGACUUUGCGACAGUGUGAAAGGUUUCAUGACGAAGAACAUGCAAAUCUUUUGAAUGCAAUGUGGCUGAUAGCAAUAACGUUUCUAAGUGUCGGUUUCGGUGAUAUUGUGCCCAAUACGUAUUGUGGACGCGGUAUUGCCGUCAGUACAGGAAUAAUGGGCGCCGGUUGCACGGCACUGCUUGUUGCGGUCGUCUCGAGGAAAUUGGAGCUUACUCGUGCGGAGAAACAUGUACAUAACUUCAUGAUGGACACACAAUUAACGAAAAGGCUGAAAAAUGCAGCGGCAAAUGUUCUUCGUGAAACUUGGCUCAUUUACAAACAUACAAGACUAGUAAAACGGGUUAAUCCCGGACGUGUAAGAACCCACCAAAGAAAGUUCCUUCUAGCUAUAUAUGCGUUACGAAAAGUUAAAAUGGACCAACGAAAACUAAUGGAUAACGCAAAUACAAUAACAGAUAUGGCGAAGACUCAAAAUACAGUCUACGAAAUUAUUUCUGAUAUGUCUAGUCGUCAAGAUGCAAUCGAAGAACGACUUACAAAUUUAGAAGACAAACUGCAAUCGUUACAGGAUCAUUUAGAGAGCCUACCCGAUAUAAUGUCUCGUUGUCUAACCCAGCACCAAGAACGAAUAGAACAACGCAAGAACUUUCUACACCCAGACGCAGCGGCCACAUCAAUGCAGCCAUCACCACAGUCUCUAUUUAACGCAUCGCCUAUAUUAUUUCCCCACUCAAGAAGUGUUCCCUCAUCCAAUAAUGUUGCUGCAACAUACCAUUGGCCAACCAGUCCUAUUUUGCCACCUGUAUCUAGUAGAACUCCACAUUUAGUGCCUGAUACUCACAUGCCAUCGAAUGGAUCUGCCGCAGUUAAUAGCUACGCAUCUUCCAAUAAAUACGGCAGCUGAAUAGAAGAAAAUGAGUGCUCCAUGCCUGUCGCCUAUAUCGAGAUGCCCACGAUAUCGUUACCAUUCACAUCGCCCAUGUCAAAGAUUGCAAAAACGAUAGCAAUUACACCACUAGCUAACCUCAUCGGCGGUGCCAAACACAAUUCCGAUUUGCCAUUAAAUGUCGCCCGCAGAAUACCCAAUACUUUACAUCUCAUCAUGGAGACUACAAUUUCCGAAGAUACUGAAGCCAACAUACAAGAUUCGCCAGAGAGUACAUCAACAACAAUACAACAACAACAAGAAACACGCCCAGCGUCACCAACCGCAUGCACAACAGCCACGUCUAUGGCUAACAAUAAAUUCACCAGGAAAAGAGAACGUCUACAUAAUAGUUAUAGCUAUAUAAAUAGUGCUAACAGUACUAAAUCAAAUGAUUUCAUUUCGAAAACGGACUAUUUUAAGACUUUCUCGAAAUGAAAACGAUCUUACUAAGCUGUCACCCAGUUCUAUUACACAAACUACUUAGUACGUACUACAUACAUACAUAUUAUAUUAUAUAUAGUUUAUUUGAAGAUCAAAAUUCGAUUCUCACGAAUUGUGUAAAAACAUUCGUGAUGUCUACCAGACAUAGAGAGUACAGACAUACAUAUAAAAUGUACCCUUAUAGAGAUAUGUACAGACAUACAUGCAUAUGUGCAUUAAGGGUAUAGGUAAAGUAUCUACCAUAUUGAUGCAGUAUGAGAAAUGUUGAGAAAUAGUUAGGAGUUUAGUUAGAAUUUCGUUCCAAAAACUUCACCCAGAGAAAAUUUUCAAAACUACCUAUACAAAUUUAAACGCUUCCGACUAAUGAUUACAUAAAUUAUUAGCUUUGUUUUUUUUUAGCUUACAUAAUAAUUCGAGUGGCCGCCGUAGCCGAAUGGGUUGAUGCGUGAUUACCAUUCGGAAUUCACAGAGAGAUCGUUGGUUCGAGUCUCGAUGAAACACCAAAAUUAAGAAAAGCAUUUUUCUAAUAGCGGUCGCCUUUUGGCAGGCAAUGGCAAACCUCCGAGUGUAUUUCUGCCAUGAAAAAGAUUCUCAUGAAAAUAUCUGCCGUUCGGAGUCGGCUUGAAACUGUAGGUCUCUCCAUUUGUGGAACAACAUCAAGAUGCACACCACAAAUAGGAGGAGGAGCUCGGCCCAACACGCAGAAGUGAAAUAAUAUUAAUGCAGUAUUUCGAAGUUUUUAACUGACUUUUUCUUGGAAGAAAAUAUCCCAAGAAUUAGUAAAUAAAUUCUGGAACAAAUUUGAUUUUAUAUUAUUAUACUUUAAUAAAUUUGGAAGUCAUUGGCACCAGAAUAUAUACAUAAUUGAACUUCAUAAAAAAUAUCUGCCGUUCGGAGUAGGCUUGAAACUGUAGGUCCCUCCAUUUGUGGAACAACAUUAAGACGCACACCACAAAUAGGAGGAGGAACUCGGCCAAACACCCAAAGAGGGUGUAUGAGCAAAUUAUAUAUAUAUUGAUACAUAUGGAUGGAGAUAUGAGUAUGAGUACUUGCAUAUGUAUAUAUAAGUACUUCGAGUUGUUACGAGUUGGUCUUUUGUGUUCUUAUUGCAUAAGGAAAAAAGAUACAGAACCUUUAUAAAUUAGUUUAUAUAUAUUCAAUAUGUAUAUUCGAUAUGAUCACUGAUGAGUUUUAUGAAAUAAUACAAUAUAAAAAAUUUAAACUAAACAUACAUUUUUUUCGAAGAAGUAUAAAUCUUUUUCCAAUCUCUAAAAUGCCUUACAAUGUAAUGAAAUAAAAUUUAUUCAUAUAGAACAAACAUUCCCAGAACUGAGUAAUAACGAAGAAUAAAGAAAAGGGCGAUCUUCUGACGUCAAUUAAAACUAUAUUCCAAUUCCUAUUUUACACAAUGCUUUACGAAAAAAGUUUAGGAGCAAAAAGGUUAUAAUGUCAACGUAUGUCUAAUGAGAUCCCAACGUAUUCAGUUUAGUACAUGUAGUUUUCCCGCAGAGUAUAUAAGUAAUAAGUUAAAAAUCUAAAAGCCGAUGCUUAUUUUAAAUGAAAAAUUCCAAAAAAUUAAUAAACGAAAUAAUUAAAAUUACUUUUCUGGCUAGCAAGGGUAUUCAAGAAAUAGUAGGAGCUAUUAAUUUGUUAAAAAAAAUGUUUGAUUUUAUGUUUCGAUAGUAAAUAUAAGUAUAUACAAUCUUCUGAGUAUAUCUAGAUCAUCGACACGAUUGUGUAGUUGUUAGCGCAACCUCUGUUAUUUCAAAAACUCAUUCUUAUAUCUUCACUGUAUCUCAUGGGUGAGGCUUUUGAUAAAUUGUAUCAAAACUAUGCAUAUAAUAUUCAACGUUUCCAACAAGUUAUUGUAAGAGAUAAAGGAGUUUUUAUAUAUCGUGAAAGAUGUUAAAAACUGUAUCCUUAAUGUACAUAUGCAAAUUCAUAUACAUACACAAAUCAUAUACUAUAUACUUAUAAAAUACAAUAGGUACAUAAAAAUGUAUCCAGUUUUGCCACGUAUGGUAAUCACAAUUUGUUAAAAAUAUUCUUCUUUUUUUUUAUUAUUAUUUUCGCACUGAGUUCACUAUGCUGACAUAUGUACAUAUGGAUGUGUAUGUGUAUGUACAUAUAAGAAAGAAAUAACGGUGUACAAAAAGAUUAAAGCAACAAGAAUUUUUGGUUUCUGUAAAAUAUACUUUUACAUAGCAUAAAUAAUAUACUGAAAAAAUUGAACAAGACCAAAAUGUGAAGCCACAAUCUUAUCAAACAUUCUUUAACAGUCUUAAAUGUCUUAAAUUAACUGCAAGCCAUACUAAUACUAGCGCCCAUAACUGAAGAGAAGAGACUUAGUCUUACCUUAGUAUUUCAGAAGUAAGCUUUAUUGUUGAUUAAAACUAAACACUGUAAAUAAUGGAGAUCAUUUACUUAAAUCGAGAAGUACGACAUAAUUCACACUAGUGUGAAAAAGUAUGCACGUAGGAAUUGGAAAACUACGGGUAUAACUGCAAACUGCAAAAAAGAAUUGGUAAAUUUCUUUAAAUUUACAAAUAGGUACGGAGCAGCUACGGAUAGUUAAGCUGGAACUAUAAGCUAAAUUUUUUUUAGUGUUACUCGACAACAUCCGUUUUAGAACGAGACAAUUAUACGGUUAUACAGUUUGUCAAUAUUCAAGAAGAAUACAAAAGCGCUAAGUUGGACAUAAUCGCGAUAGAUUAGUAAAUGUUUGGACCUUUACCUUGCCUGAGAGAAAAUGUUUCAAGUGUUUGCCCUAAUACAGCGAAGAUAUUCCAUGCCUACUUGCGCUUCAAAGGACACGGUGCAAAAACUUUGCAUUGUAGGAGGUUUAGAACGAAAAACACCGUAAGUAGUCAGCGUAUCAGCGUAAAAACAAAUUAAGAAAAGUAGACAUUUGAUAGUCAAAAAAUAUAGUAUUCAGUUGCAUUUUUGGAUUGUAUUUGACUUUUUCGAGAUUGCUAAAAGUAAUUAUCAGCAUCAAAGUGAAAUAAAUGUAUGACAGAAGAGAAGGAUUCUUUAUUAAAUAACUUUUACAAUUGGUUCUAUCUUUCGACUGACAAUGCUAAAAUUCCUUGGAAGUUGUCCAGUAGUUGUUUUUAAAUAUUUAUAUAUUUUUAUGUGCAUAAAUUUAUGUUUAUUUACGACAAUUCUACAAACCAAUUAGCUUAAUUUUAUUUUACUACUGGAAUAAAUAGUGGUACUGUUUACAGUUGUCUACGAACAUUUUGCGACAAUUCGAAAAUAAUAGAUUGCAAAAAUGUUUCACGAUUUCCAAAAGGUCCAAAUUAUUAUUUUUAAAAUAUGACAUUUAACAUUAUAACGCUUGUAAAUAAUAAGUAUUUAGUUUGGAAUUGAAUUCCACUGUUUCCCAAGUUCGAAAUUUCUACUUAUAAAUUUUUUUCGAUUUAAUAAUUGUCGAACUUUACAAUUCUAGUCUCAAAUAAGAAAAUUCUUUAAACGUAUGUAUGUAGUUCUUAAUAUAAAAUUUUUGUUGUAUAGUAUGUAUGCACUUAGUAAUGUGAAUGCUUGUAAUAAUGAUAGUGCGAGUGAUUUCUGAACGAUUUUAUUCGUGUGAUUUUGUAGACAAAAUAUUUAAAUACAGUUUUACCUUUUUAAGAAAAAAGGAAAAAAGACUUAUAUAAGUAAUUACAAAACAUUUAGAUAAAAAAGUUGUAAAAAGAAUCUAAUAAACGGGAUCCGAAUCGUGUUUAUUAAAAAAAUAAUAAAUUAUAAAUAAUAAAAACAAAAAACAAAAAAACGCAGUUCAAUUGCCUGUCUAACGAAAAAUUUCAAUUUACCCAAUUAUUUUCUAGUAAUGAAUUUGUAAUAAAUACAAUACGUAUAAGCCACCGUUAUUGGUGGACACAGCAGUCAAUAUGUACAACAUCUACAUGCAAAUCCAUAUAUAAAUAGAUAUGCAUGGAAAACCUAUACAAAUACACUAAAGUUGGAGAUUGCUUGUUAGUUUCAAAUAUACAUUUUAUUUGGCAUGCACAUUUGUAUGUAUGCAUUGAUUUCUGGAGCAUGGAAUUAUCACAAGGCACACACCAUUGACAACAGGUGAACGAUUAAAAAAAUUAACACCACCUAGAUUUUGUUAUAAUUCUACCAGCUUUAUUUCCACAACUCCUUCACUUCAAAGUGUGAAGUUCAGUAAUAUUCUUUUAAAUAUUGCAUUCAAUAUAAAGCGCGUGAAUAUACUUACUUACACAUACAUUCAUAAAUGCCACACAACUACCUUUUAUAAAAAGCUUUAGAAAUGCUGCAGAUACAAAGCGUCGGAGAGGACCAAGCGGCUACUAUUAGCGUACUUUGGUAUAAACUUGAAUACUUUUGUUGCACGAGUAUGGCACAUAUUUCGCAUGACAAAAUGUACUGCUGUCAACAAUAAUAUAUGUAAAAACUAAUUUCUUAUCAGUUUUUACCAAUUGAAACUUUAAAGGGUUCUGUUAUAAUCCGCUUUGGUGUUUUGAAGUCAUCACCAAGCAAUAAAACCGUCAACAACAGUUCUACAUUACCGGAACGACUCGAAUUUAUAUCCGGCAAAGGACUGUCACUUCAUCAGCAUUCCCCUUACAUAUAUGUGAACUGCUUAUGCUGUUAUAACAACAACAACCGUGAACCUCCAUACUUCCUACGCCUUGAGGGCCCAAGGAUUACCCUAGUUAAUACAGUCUAUAUUGUUCGUUACUAACUGAAGGAUUAUUUAAGCGAAUGCUUAUGCCUUUUAUUUUAUUUGAUUUACACUCAUGUUUGCAAUUCUUAUAUUCGAUAGCUUGAUAGCUCGUGUGACUUAUAGUCAUCCGGAGGUAGUAAUCAGAGUGAUUACCAUUCACUUCAAAAGCCUCCUAAACAGUGAACUAUAUAUUCCUCGCCAACAAUAGUUCCUUUCUAAGCUAGCAAGAUUUAAAGAGACGGUUAUUUAUCUGUAAUCAAAUCGGUAGAGGAGGUAGACCCCCCGCUCAUUUAUCAAAACUCUUGACGCUCAUUCACCACAUACAAAAAUAAUUCGCUAAAGUAAGAAUCAGGCGCGAAAAGAUGCCUACGCGACAACAAUGUCUUCGGACACAACGCUGAGUUAAAGGGAAAUAAGAGAUAUAUAAUAUUUUCCAAAAGAAAAAGGGAACGGAAAAGGAGAAAAAAGAAAGAUAAAACGUAAGUUUCUUGCCCAUAUCAUAAACAGGCAAACUCUGUGGAAAGUUUGGUGACUUACAAAAAUCUUCAAUAACGACUCGAUUUUCUGUAAUAGAGACGACGACCUGAUGAGUAUUGAACAUUGCUAUAGUACGAUCAAAGAAUAAUAAAGUUACUAAAGCUGACGGAUUACCUAGCUCCCUCAAAUAAAUAUAGAGGCGAGGAGCUAGUAAGGUUAAUGCAUUAACUUCUGUUCAGAAUAUGAAGUAAAUUCUGACCACUAGUCCAUAAGAAGACGGAUCCUGUAAUACGCGCCAAUUAACGCGAAAUAAGUUUACAAAUUAAAGAGUUUGCUUAUAAAAUUCUAUGGAGCGAGAGACUGAAGCACAUUGUAUACGAACUAACUGGACUUUGUGAAUAUGGUCUUGGGCUUGGUAAAUUUAAUAUCGACCAAAUUUUUAUAAAAUGUUAAACUUUUAAAAAUACCCAGAAGAAAGAAGGGAUGGUGGUUGAUCCCUUUCUCAACUUUAAAGUUGCUUUCGCCAGUACUAAAAAUAGUUUCCUAUAUGCCGUUAUGUGUGAUUUGUUACGAGUAUUCAAAUAAAAUGUAAGCAGCUAGAAUUUAGAUGACCCUUCGAAGAACUUUGAAACUAAACUAGGGAUGCAUCUCUAUCAUAUAAUAUAGAACUCAAUCGUUAAAAUGUCAACUUAGUGUGCAAAGGUUUAUGGUUUAUGCUGAUAAAGAUGCAAAUGAUAUAUUCACCGGUGGUAUGAACGAAACAUCAUUUAUCGUCAGCCUAUUUAUAUUGUUUUAUAAAUUUAUGUAUAUUUAUUUUAUUGCAAAUUUGUUAUGUUAAAUUUUUAUUAUAAAUGAAUUCGGUGAAAGUUUAAAAUCAUUUGUAUUAUUUUUCAUUAUUAUUUUUCAUUACAAAACCCUUGUUUAAAAUGCUAUGCAAAAUGAAAAAUGUACAAAAAUUUAAGUUUUUCUUGUGUUUUGCAUUCUUGUUCCGGUAUUCCUUAUACGAGUAUGUACCUAUAUAUUAAAAUAUUAUAUACCAUUGCAAGCAACUAAACGCUCUUAUAUUUCAUUUGUAUGUAAGCAUAUGAAUCAACCUUUGAAAAAUAAAUUUUCGGCUCUGAGUCUAGAUUUUCAUGAUCAGUUCAAAAUUCUGAGCAUACAGUUUUCUCAUACUCGUACUUGAUUACACAUACCACACGUACAAAACUUGAUAAAGGUAUGCAAAAAUGUUUUUCUCAUUCAGUGUUAUUCGCCAAGUUUGAUUGAAAUCUUUGAACUACAUCAGUUCAUCAUUAUUUUUAUAUAUAGCCAACUAACAAGGCUCUUAAUAAGGAAUCCAUCGACCUACAUCCAUGGACAAUUUUUCUGAAAGAAAUCCCCUUAUUUCGAAAUGGUGAACAUCAUAGUCAGAAGUAUUUCUUACCUUUUUUCCUAACACCACAGAGUUUAUCGCACAAAUAGUACAAUACCCUCAGUGAAUUAUGCUGCAUUUUUUUUUUAUCACAAAGGAACACGAUUUUCUGAUAAACUAAAGCAAAUAUGUAUGUAUACGGGUUUCGGCCCAACUAAUUACUUUUGCAUGUACGAGUACAUACAUGUGGUUCAUAUUAACCAACGAAGAAUAAUCAUCGAAAACCAAAUAGAGUGGCUCGGUUGGCUAAAUCUUUUAUCGGCACAUAAAUACGAGUAAACUCCGCAUCUAGUGUAAACUAAAACAGCGCGGUUUAUCAGCGAUAAUUAUCCGUUUAAUUAGUCUGAGCAUGUUUUAUUCGAGUGUAGGUUGCUGUGUUCUCCAUGCUGACACUACCUGAUUUCCCCCAUUCUUCUCCCAUAUAUACAUAUACAUACAUAAGAUGUAGCUUAAACCGAGCUGGUGGCUAUAGUGCUAACAUUGCAUCGAGAGCAGAAAAAUACAUACAUAUACAUAUAAAAACAUAUAUACGGAACAACCACCCAAAGUCAGAGCAUGAACACUUCCACCAUAUAUCAAUAUUUUCAAUAUUUACUUACAAUAUUUGAAUAAUUACUUUUCGAUGACAAAUGUAGAAGUUUUUCUACAAUUUAUCUGACUUGUUUUAAUACAAUUUUGUUUGCAUUGGUUUGCAUGAUUUAGGAUAUAUAUGUAUGUACAUAUGUAGAUACAGCAAGCUGGCCAGCUCCGUAAUCAAAUGAAUACAUAUAUAUUUGAAUUCUGAAAAGUAAUUGACACACAAUUAAAUUUAAUUAAACAAGACUGCGGCUAAAAAAGCUUUAUAAAACAUUAACGUAAAAGUAAUACUCAAUACCAGCUUUAAACUCUAAUGAGCACUGAUGUCUGGGUUUCAAAAAUAUUGAAUACCUACAAACAUGUUUACCAAAUAGUCAAAUCCUGAACUACACAUAUUUUAUAAUUCUGGGUUAUAUUUUCAUAAAAGAUCAUGUGUCGAAUUUACUACAUUUUCAUAAAAUAAGUAACAUUUUUAAUGAGAAUUUGAAAAAUUAUUAAACAAUUCUUAAAAUAAAUUGUCCAAUAUUAAUUGAACAAUUUCAAAAAAACAAUUUGGUUCAAGACGUUAGUUGAUUUUUUUAUAAGAAAAAAUCGUAAAAUUUUUAAGCGGCUUUACUGAGGAGUAGUAAUUAAAUCUUAAGGGGACCAACAAUGAUUACAAAAAAAUAAUUUGUAUUAGCUUUUGUUCACCAUAAUAAAAUGUCCGAUUCGUUUUUUGAAGUUUCUUAUAAUCAGGAAAUUAAUAUAUUUUACAUUCAUACAUAUGUUGUACCCUUCCAAGGAACUGCCUUUGAAUUUGAAUCAAGAGAUCUUCUCGCUUAGACAUAUUUAUGCAGUUUCAGUUUUACAUACGAGUAUGUAGAAUUCUUUCAAUCAGUCAAUGGCUACUACGAUUUCUAAAAAUUUUAUAAAUUCACACAAUUUUUAUAAAAAUUAUGUUAUUGAAUUAAAACAGCUUUCUCUGUGUAUAUUUAAAGGGGAUCAUUAUUUUUCUAAAUUUGGGUUAUUAUAAACUUAUUUUUUUAAAUUUAUUUUCAAGUUGUUCCUUGAAAAUUGAAUAAUUGCCCGAAAACACAUUUUACCCAAUAGUAGUGCAAUGCAUAAUUUCCAAAAUUUAGGACUCUAAUUGCGACUCUAAUGAAAGUAGAUGUUUUUUAGUAUGAAAAUAAUAAAAAAUCCACUUAUUUUCAGUAAUGCAACAAAAGUUGAUUUUAGAAAAGCAUUCGACCGUGUUUUGUCUUGUUUAGUAGAACUUAACAUUAUGUAUGUAAAUAAAAGAUGUAUGGGUGUUUUUUUUUGUCCCAUUGUCCAAGUGUAUGGAAUAUAUGUAUAUAUAUGUAUCCAUAUUUAAAACAACGACAACAUAAAACUAAACAAAACGGAUAAAAAAAUGCUAAAUCCCAAUUUUGCUGUCUAACCGAUUAGUGUCAUUUUUUCAUUUAAUUACCAGCUACCAAUUUAUACAUAGAUAAUAGUGAAUCAUUAUAUUGAAAUUAGCUAAAAGAAAACAAAAAUUAGAUUAUAAGAAACUUAUUAAGAUAUACACGAAAGGACUUGAACAGUGCAACCUAUAUAAUUCUGCAAUUUAAACGAAGAAACUAAACAAAGAUUGUUAAAAAAAUGGUAAAAGAAAAUUAAAUCGUAAUCUAAACAGAAACUAAAUGUUAAAAAUAAACUUAAAUAACAUUAAGUAAAAAAAUAUUGUUAUUCUAUAUUAGGUAAAAGUGUUUUGCAAAAGCUUUAAUAUUUAGGGUGCCUACAUUUGCUAAAAAUUAGGAUUUUACGAAAAAACUUUAAAAGUAUAAGAAAUAUUGCGUAAAUAUGAGAAAAUAAAUCAAAAUCCAAUGGAAAUUUUUUAAGUUUUAUAACCAUCGGUAAACAUAGACCUUAAACUUAGAUAUCUGAUUCAUCUGAUAACACAAAGCAAAUUUUGCUGGUUUUUUAUUUAUUUUUGUUCAUUUUUGAGACCCCAUUUGUAUUUGAUUUGUUUUUUUUUUCGACAAACACAAAAUCUUUAGGUGCAUCUUUUGUCGGAUUUUUUGUGAAGGCUAUUCAGAAACUUUCACGUGACCUUUAAUUGGUUUUUCAGAAAUACAGUUUCAUACAUGUAUGUAAAUGCAUAUACAUAUGUACAUGCAUACAUGUGUGUAUAAAAAAUAAGUUUCAAACAGGCACCGGCAGUGAUAUUUUUUUUGAUUUGUAGAGAGAACCUACUUCAUUUUUUUUUAUUUGUAGAGAGAACCUACUUCAUUAAAUAUUAUGUAUACAUGAACAUGUUCGCAUUAUCUAUAAUAUCUUAUUAGUAAAUCUUUAUAAGUAGAUGUGCAUAAACCUCUACUUGUAUGUAUAUUUUAUUUGGAGCCACGUGAAAACAGUAAAUUGCGAUUAUAUAAAAUUUAGCAUAAGAAAACCAGAGAAUAGAAGAUUUGUAAAACUAUAGUAACAUCAUCGAGCAAGAUUACUAAGAGUAAACCAUUAAAAUCGUAGUAUAAUAGACAUACAUACAUAGUUAUAUUUACCUAUACAAUUAGUUUCAUUGAAUAAAAAACAGUUUACAUAACUCUCGUA